AUGGUUAUCUCCCAACCAGCCACGCCAGAGCGUGGCGCUGGGGCUCAGCUUGACGAGCAGUACCCGGAUAGCUUCAACCUCAGAGCUCGCCAACAGCUCCUGAAAACAGGCCCUCCGGUAACCUUGCAGCCAUUUCAACCCAGCAGCAGCCCAACCCGGAGUCUUGCAGCAUACGACAGGGACAGAGGACAUCGCCGCAACAGACGACUGGACAAGGGCACCCAAGACAGCACAACCAACAGGUUUGCAGCCCUCGCAGAAGAGGAUGACGCCACACAAACGUCUACCCCGGUUUUCGAUCUGGAAGCUGAGACCGAAGAAAUCAUCAAGACACAGAAGGAGAGACUUGACAUACGCGCUAAGGUCCUCAGAACCUACGCAGAAGCAAUCACAGCCUGCACGCGAAAAUUCACCACGGGUUACGGACUACACAUUGCCAAUGAGUUUCAGAGCACCCUCCUCCGACAUUGGAACCAGUUUGUACGCGCAGAAGAACCGCUCAUACCAGGAAAUAAGAAUACACCCGCUCCAAGCUCACUCACAGGGACAAACAAACCUACGCCGCCAGCGCCGGCCGCCAGAGAAAACACCAGAAGCGACAAGUCGGUGAGCUUCGCCAACAUCGCGAAAAAUGCCUCACGCCAGGCACCAGGGGAUGUGCACGUCCACCCCGACCGCCGCCAAACCACAACUAUCGCGGAUCGUACCGAUCGCAGGGUCCUUCUCCGCUUGAAGAGUGGCUCCUCGUUCUUCGAGAAGGGCCUACAGAUUCGCCUCGCACUAAAGGACAAGCUUGCUAUUGCAUCCCAGGACAUCCAAGACAUCAAGCCAACAAAUACAGGAUGGGCAAUUGUGGCCCGGAACGAGAAAAUUCAGCAGCUUAUCCUUGAGAAGCAGAACGAAUGGGGCCCAUGCAUCGACCUAGAUAUUGCAGAGAAACAAAUCCCAUGGCACACCUACCUGAUCAAGAACUUCCCCAAGACUCUCCACUCUUGGGACGGCACCCUUCUGGACUUCGAGGAAACGAUUGAAGAAGAGAUCGAAGCCCAAACAGGGCAAAAGCCAGAACGAUGGCAUGUCUCACAAAAGCCUAAUAAUGAGGAUCCGACCAAAGCAACACUGGUCAUCUCAUUCCUUAAGCCGCUGAACAGCAACUUCCGGCUACUCGGACAGGGAAGCUACUCCUUUAAACUUACCAAACCAAAGAAACUGUCUCAGUGCACCCACUGCUGGAACUUUCACCCGCCAACUCGCUGCAUAGCUACAAAAGUCUGUGUGCGCUGUGGCGUCAAAGAUGACGUGCACAGCGCUGACAGCUGCGGCAAUACGACAAAAUGCGCAAACUGCUAUGGCGCACAUGAAGCCAACUACGAGAACUGCUUCGCUCGCCCACAGAAGCUCCGCGGCAGCUUCCAGAAACUCUCGAAGACUCAGCUAAUCUACGCCAGGCAACUAGGACAAGAAGACUUCAAACGAAAGAACAAUACACAGCAAACUGACAGUGACCAACUCCCACUAGCUGUGGAACAGGGCGACGGAGACGCCUUCCCCCUACAGGAUGCCGAGAUGAGCGGCACAGAGCCAAUUCAGACAACCCAGGUCCCAGAAACAAACCCAGUAAAUAUUGUAGAUCACGAAGAUAGAGGAGAUACCCCAGGAGAGAGGGCAAAAGAAAAGGACGACGAAGAAACAGAAGAAGAAGCAGCAGAGGGGGAGGAAGCAGAGGAAGAAGAGAUUGAAGAAGCACUACCUCCGCCAGCACAGUCGUACCCAACAGGAACCAACACAAAACAGGACCAACACGUCAUUCCCAAACUCCAUUUCUAUAUUACCGGGAAGGGUGCAUCGCAAACAGCCACCAAGCAAAAUUCUACGACCAGUACCAGCACAAUUAAGGACCCGUACUUUACCAUUAAAAAGCAGUUUCGACCUCAACCCCGAACUGACGACAUAGAGCCACCGAGCGAAGCCACCGCCCGGGAACCACCCAGCGAAAUCACCUCCGGAGAAAUCAUUGAAGUACGUACACCUAGGCGGACUUCAGCCACUCACUCGCCCCCUAGCAGCCCUCCACUAGCUGCCAGAAGGCGUGACCAGUCACCAAGCAAAAUACGACGCAUCACCACACGCGGGCCAAACGUGGACAAAGGCGAGGGAGCCCACUGCGCGGCCCUCCAACUCGCUUUUCAGGAGGGCUAUAACAUAGUACUCAUACAGGAACCAAACACAUCCUACAACGCACAGAAAGGCCUCUGCAGAACACAACACCAUCCCGGCUUCCUCUGUUUCAGCCCCGUAGACAAUAGGAAUAUCCAAGCUGAACAACUUCUCCCAGCACGUCACCGAGACCUUCUCUGGGUCCAAGUGAAUGGAACCACGAUCCUCAACAUUUACAACAGGCCAGAGGAAGAAACUUCGCUGGAUCUCAUUGAGUCAUGGACCACUCCAAACCGAUGCGUGGUCGCAGGGGACAUGAACGCCUUCCAUCCGUCGUGGCAGGCAGAUCGGAGGGCAUCGCAGGAUGGUAAAAGGAUCUUCAAUUGGACUCAAGAACACGACCUAAUCCUUCUGAACGACCCAGAAACGUCAACCACAAUGCCAAGGCUAAACAAAAGAUCCAGCACAAUUGACCUGGUAUUCUCCAACAUCGCAACUGCUACUACAACCAUAGAAGAACAUCUCACCACCGGGUCGCUGCAUUACACGGUUGGAACAGAGAUCCCGGACAAUGAAAGCAGCCCCAGGACCCCAGGGAAAAUCCAUGUCGGCCUACCAGAAGAAAUCAAGGCUUUUGCCAAACACGUAGCCAGCGCGGCGUCGUCGCUACCAAGAUGUAUCCGAUCUAGACAAGAUAUCGAUGAUGCUGCCGGACAACUUCUACAAGUCCUGCAAGACGCUGCAAAGGCUUGCGGCCGGAUGAGUAGAGGGAAAAGAGCUCGACAGAACCCGUGGUGGAAUAAAGAGUGCAAAGAAGCCCAUGAAAGUCUUCGUGCUGCCCGAUAUACAGCAGAAAGCCGACAUGGAGAGAAUGUUCAACGCGCUAGGAUCUACUUUAAGCGCACCAUCCGCCGUGCGAAGCGAAACUUCUGGCGCACAGUUGUUGCGGAUAUCACCAACCCAGCGAAUAUCUUUCAGAUCACUCGCUGGAUAAAGCCAAGACAACAGCUACAGCCGCCCCCAAUCCAACAUGGAAACGAAGUCUACACAACGAACCUAGAACGCGCUAAUAUUCUACGCAAGGAGAAGCUCGAAAGACGGGACGCAUCAGAUGAUAUCCCAGAUCCAUGGACACCCACCGUGUCUCCAACCCAACAAAUCCCUUUCUCGUCACAUAUCCCAGUCAGCGAAGCCCAGGAUGCGCUACUCAAAACGGGAAACACCACCCCUGGAUUGGACGGUAUUACAACGAAAAUGCUCCAAGCAAUCUGGCCGAGCAUCUCACAGGUCACCACACUCCUUUACAACGCAUGUCUCGCCCUGGGAUACCACCCAAGCCCCUUCAAAACAGCAGAGGUAGCGAUGAUCCCGAAACUCAAUAAGAGAUAUCUCAGCGAUAUCUCCGCGUGGCGCCCCAUCUCCCUCCUCUCCUGCCCAUCCAAAGGGCUGGAACGAGUAAUUGGCCGCCGUCUCGCAUAUUUGGCUAUCAAACACAAGGUCCUCCAUCCUAAUCAGGCCGGAGCACUCCCAAAAAGAAGCGCCACAGACAUUGUCACCGCACUUGUCUAUGAUGUCGAACGUGCCCUAGGUAAUGGCAAGGUUGCUACUCUCGUCACCAUGGAUGUCAAAGGGGCUUUUGAUGCCAUUCUACCCAACAGACUAGUUCUACGACUUCGACAACAAGGAUGGCCGGAUUUCCUGGUUUGGUGGAUCCACCACUUCGUUUCCCAUCGCAGAGCGCUUGUCCGAUUCCAAGAUGCUAAAACAGAACCCGCAGAAUUACCCUGCGGCCUUCCCCAGGGCUCGCCCAUAUCACCGAUACUCUAUCUCCUAGCUACAACUCCUAUCUACUCUCUACCUGGGGCAACGGAGAGGUACGGCUAUGCAGACGACACAGCGAUGCUCUUUAUAGGAGACACGCUGGAGGAGAAACAGGAGCUCCCACCAGUCUCCCACCAAGGCCGGGAAGUUAAGGCACAGAAGUCAAUGCGCUGGCUGGGAGUUUGGCUCGACCGCAAGCUUACUUUCAACACGCACAUCGAGAAAUGGUCACUCAAGGCAAACAAGGUCAUUUCACAGCUACGAUUCGUUAACAAUACGGUACGUGGAACGUCAGCAAUAACAGCUAGGAGAGCAGUCUAUGCAGUAGCCCUACCCACACUCCUCUACGGGCUAGAUACAUGGUUCCCUGGCUUCCCUUCCGAGACAACGCACAGGAGAGAGAGGACAAUUACAAAAACCCAACUCUCAAAACUCCAAGUAAUCUUAAACAAGGCCUGCCACGCAGUGCUGCCUGUCUGGAAGACCACACCACGAGUCAUCCUCUGGAAGGAGGCAGGAAUCCCGCCAGCAGAUGUCAUCCUCAAGCAAAUGCAAGCGCGAACUGCGCUUCGCUACGCCAUGCUAGAUGCAGCCCACCCGAUUGCUAGAAGGCUAAGGCAAGCACAGCAUGAAGUUGACCAGAGCAACCACCCAACAGUACACAGCCGAACCUUGCGGAGGCAAAGUCGACUCCUCCGAACAGCGGCAUGCACAAAGGGGGUUGAGCGACCAAAGCUCAUCCCACGCCGCUUCAAAGACACCAUUCCGACUGAGUGUGCGGAUAGAAGACCGCCAAAAGAGACCGCCGUGCUGCAAUUCCAACACUGGCUUAAGGAAAAACCCCCAGGAUAUGUCGUCUUCAGCGAUGGCUCCAAGACAGAAAUGGAUACCGCAGGGUAUGGAUUUGCAGUAUUCCACAAUGGACGCCUCGUUGAUUGGGGUUGUGGCCAACUUGGCUGCAGAGAAGUCUUUGACGCAGAAAUCCACGGCGCCGUAGAAGGCCUUCGAUGCGCUGUACUCGCCAAUUUCACCAACGAACCGAUUACAGUCUGUAUGGACAACACUUCUGUCAUCGACUGCAUAGGAGCGACAGCACCAAACUCCUCACAAGCCAGUUUCAGAGCCUUUCAGAAGAUAGGAGACAAAUAUCCAUACCAGGCAUCUGUUAAGUGGUGCCCAGGACAUAGCAACAUCUUCGGAAACGAGCUGGCAGACCUUCUCGCUAAGCAAGGAGCCAAUCUCCCAGUCCCAGAGCACCUCCCCUCAGUCUCCUACCGCAGGAGACAGGUCAAGGGUCAGAUAGCCGUAGACUACCAGCAAUGGUGGCAAGGAGUAGAGAAAGCAGGUUACUCGUCGCUCGGCCUGCCCGCCGAGCUACGGAAGCUCCCUGAACUCGCUCUCCCACGCCGUCUUUUGGGAUAUCUGCUCGCUGCCCGAUCACACCACGGUGACUUUGCGGACUACCACGAAAGAUUUCACCCAGGCCAAGCGACCCUGGAGUGCCCCUGCGGGCGCCAAAAGUCGCCUACCCAUCUCUUCUACUGUAGGAAAAUCCCUCGCCAUCUCCGGGUUCGGCUGAUACCCGACCCUGAAGCGGCGAUAGGACGGUUCCUCGGUAGAUCCUACAAGGUUUACCUGCGCAUUGCGGACUUCUAUUACACGAAGAUCAACAAGCGCUACUAA